UACAUUAAAUGUGACAUUUUUUAAUAUUUCAACUAUAAACAUAAACGCACAAAUAACGAAGAUAUUAGUAAUUUUGUUUGAACGCACAUACAAAUCUAACGACCAUUACAUUACCUACGACGUCAUUAGUUCGUGUCAUUUUGUACGGGGCGUUUUUCAGGGAUCCGCGGCAGCGCCGCAAAUCUGACCCUUUAAAUCCCUGUAGCUCCGAAAGUAAUGAUCGCAAAUACGAUGUAACUUUUACAGAAUUGCUUUACUAUUAGCAUACUCUUAAUUUAUAUACAAUUUAAAAAACUGUCUUCAUCUCUAUUGUCAUAUUUAUUUUAAGUGAGCAUUUUUGUUUAUUUUGUGAGAAAACUUUACUUUUAAUUCAACCAUGCCAACUAAUUUUGAUGGCCCUUCCAAGGCACACUACGCCACUGAAGCCACAGUUUCAACUUCAUAUAAAUAGCUAGGUGCUGUACGAUCCUUUGGUAGGAACAUAGACAGUCCAUACAUUAAUAUAUGAAAACGCAAUUCUCCAUGUAGUUAGUAUCAAUUAACUAAAACUUGAAAAUUAAUUUACUAGAUACCUACCUACUACUGAAUUAUGACCAUCUAAUUUACGUACAUACUUUUCUUACUCACACCAGUGGUUCAGAAUACCUACUACAUAACUGAUCACUGUUUCGGGCAGCAGUGAAUAAAGUUAAAUUAGCCUUAAUGAUUGCAGACCUCCCAUAGGAGAUGUCACUAACAAAAGAUAUACUUUCCCAUGAGAAAAAAACUAUUGUGAAAUUAUACUUUGUUUUUAAUAUUUUUAGGUUUGUUGCUGCUUUUGUUCCGAUUGGUGUCGUAAUUACUAAGCAAGAGCAGACGUCAGAAUGGGUAUCUCCUCUGCCGGCACUCGAGUAUGCGACAGCCUACAUGUCGCCGCUGAAGCCUUUGCGCCCACCGCAGGAGCUGCGUCAAAAACGUCAAACGUCAAAUCGAAUGCCCGUAAUACGUGGCCCGCCUGGAGCUAUUGGUUACCCUGGAAUUCUAGGACACCCUGGAAUACGCGGCCAGAAAGGUGAUAAAGGCGAAUCUGGAAUGAUGAUAAUAGACGAUUAUAUGUCAGACAUUACUGCUCCCAAGGGUAUUAUGGGUGAGAAAGAUCCUAAGGGUACCAAAGGGCAGCCAGGUUUUAAGGGCUUUCCAGGUGACAACGAUAUAUGUCAAUGUGAUUGCAAUAUAUACUUACCAUCUACAAUCGAACGACGCAAACAGGACCCAUCCCUGCGCCGACGUCGCUCAUCAGCCGCUCGCGCCUGCGCCGCCCCGGGCUGCUGUGAGCCCGAAUGCUUUGCCCGGAGGAGUCGCCGAGUAAGUUAUCUCUGUUACAUUCGAAGGACGCAGAGAGGACCAAUCUCUGCGCCGACGUCGCUCAUCAGCCGCUCGCGCCUGCGCCGCCCCGGGCUGCUGUGA